CCGGGUCAUGACAGCAGCAGAGUAAACCAUCUAUCCAAGAUAGUUGUGAUGGUGUUAAAUCUGUAACUAUGUCCGAAAUGCUACUGAAAGAGAUGGAGGAAAUUUCUCUCGGGCCGGUUAAAACAGAGGAGACGGAAAACGGACGGAGUUUUCUGCUGGUGGACGAAAACGAAAGCUUGCAGGUAAAGAAUGAGGCCCAUUUUUUGCAGAGGCUAAGCUGCAGCGCUGCCCAAGGAGUCAAAGUGCUCUCCAUCUUUGGCAAUACGGGUGACGGAAAGUCCCACACUCUCAAUCACGUGCUGUUUGAUGGCGAGGAGGUAUUUGCUACGUCUCCUUCUCCGACGUCCUGCACAGUGGGCAUAUGGGCCGCUUACGACCCACACCUGAAGCUGAUAGUUCUGGAUACGGAAGGUCUGCUUGGCGCUGCCACUCAACAGAACCGGCGGAUGCGUCUGCUGCUGAAAGUUCUGGCUGUAUCAGACGUGGUCGUGUACCGCACAAGGGCAGAGAGGCUGCACAACGACAUGUUUCAGUUCCUCGGCAGUGCAUCGGCUGCUUACCUGAAGCACUUCACCCCUGAGCUUCGAGCUCUCUCCAGCCGCUGUGGUCUGGAUGUGCCUCUGUCCAGCCUUGGGCCGGCUGUUAUAGUUUUCCAGGAGACGUUGCGUACUCAGCUGCUGGGCCAGGAUGGUGCUGUCCCGGGGAAAGCAGACACGAUGCUGCAGAAGCGUUUCCAUGACUUGGGUCAGAGCACAGACGCCUUCAGCUCUGUUCAUUAUGUGGGCACUCAGACCAUCACUCCCCCCACAGACUACUCACAGUUACUGCAGAUAGUCCAUCAGCAAGUGAACAACACAGCCACGCGAGCCCCGCGCCAGCCUGCUAUUGUGUUCAGUGCAUUGCAGGCCUUGAGCGACAGGUUCUGUGGAGAGAUCUCAGAUGACAAAAUCAGCAUAUGCUCCUUCUUUCCUGAUGAAUAUUUCACUUGCCCCUCUGUCUGUCUCAGCUGCAAUGUUCGAUGUAAAAAUGGCAUGAACCACCAGAAAGAUGGGGCUCCUCACAUGGCUGAUGGACUAUGCCAGUAUGCCCACCAAUACAACAAUAAAGUUCUCAUCUGCAAGAGGUGCUAUGAGAGUGGAAGGGAAGUGAUUGUCAUCCCAAAAACGUCUGCCUCUUCAGAUAAUCAAUGGCUUGGUCUGGCAAAGUAUGCAUGGUCAGGCUAUGUUUUAGAGUGUGCCAGCUGUGGCAUUAUCUACCGGAGUAGACAGUACUGGAUGGGAAACCAGGAUCCAGAGAGCAGUGUGGUACGACCCGAGGUUAAGCACGUAUGGCAGGGGACUGAUGCCUUCCAGACAGACCAUCAGAAUGCUGCUCAGCGGGUUUUGGAUGGAAUGAAUUAUAUAAUCCAGUCAGUGACGGAAUACAGCUCAGGCCCUACCAAAGCUGUCACUGCCUGGCUCACUGACCAGGUGGCUCCAACCUACUGGAAACUCAAUGCUGAAAUCAUUGAAUGUCAAGGCUGUAAGCGAGCAUUUGAGGAGGCAGAAAGGAAACACCACUGUCGGGCGUGUGGGGAGGGUUUCUGCCAGGCCUGCUCUACCCACAGCAUGCCCGUACCUGAGAGGGGCUGGGGUGGCACCCCUGUGCGAGUUUGUGAUGCGUGUUAUCGGCAGGGAGGAGCACAGCACGCUGGACAGGUUGCCCAGAUGGAACCUCAAACACUAGUCGCCCGGAGAGUGACGGAAGUAGCUCAGUCCACUCUCAAUAUGGUCUCCACUGCAGUGGACUACCCCCUCUGUUUUGUAAAGAAAGUUGCAAGACCAGACUAUUGGGUCCCGGAUCAUGAGAUCACCCAGUGUCACUGCUGUACUAAGCCCUUCACCCCCAGCAUGUCCAAGCACCACUGCCGGGCAUGUGGGCAGGGAGUGUGCAGGAACUGCUCAACUAAGACCAGACCCGUGCCCUCCCGUGGCUGGGACCACCCAGUGCGAGUGUGUGACAGCUGUGCUGACCGGAGGGAUUCCCUUUGACUCGUCUGCAUGCUGGAGACCUUGUUGUGCCUCUGCAGUGCUGCUCUAAAUGCGUGCUGCACGAUUAGCCCUUUUUAUACAUUUCUGUCCUCAUAAAGCUAGUAGUGCUUGGUUCAGAACCAGUUUGUUUCUUGGUCUUAAACAGCGUAAUUGGAGGCUAUAGGAAAUAUGAAACCUAAUGCAGUGGUAUAGAUAAACACUCAGACUCUUCAAAGCAUUAGGCUGCAGAAUUAGAGUGUGAAUCUCAUGAAAUGUUUAUAUAUAUAUAUAUAUAUAUAUAUAUAUAUAUAUACACUCACCGGACACUUUAUUAGGUACACCUGUACAUCUACUUAUUCAUGUGAUUAUCUAAUUGGCCAAUCGUGUGGCAACAGUGUAUGCAGAUAUGAGUCCGAAUCUUCAGUUAAUUUUCACAUCAACCAUCAGAAUGGGGGAAAAUGUGAUCUCGGUGAUUUAGACAGUGGGAUGAUUGUUGGUGCCAGACGGGCUGGUUUGAGUAUUUCUGUAACUGCUGUUCUCCUGGGAUUUUCACAAACAACGGUCUCUAUAGUAUAUAUAGAAUGGUGCGAAAAACAAAAAGCUUCCAGUGAGCUGCAGUUCUGUGGACAAAAAUGCCUUGUUGAUGAGAGAGGUCAACAGAGAAUGGCCAGAUUGGUUCGAGCUGACAGAAAGGCUACAGUAACUCAGAUAACUUCUCUGUACAAUUGUAGUGAGGAGAAUAGCAUCUCAGAAUACACAACUCAUUGAAACUUGAGGCAGAUGGGCUACAACAGCUGAAGACCAUGUCGGGUUCCGCUUUAGUCAGCCAAGAACUGAAAGCUGAGGCUGCAGUGGGCCAACAAUUUGUGUACCUCAACAGGAAUCCAGAUUUGUCAGACAAGACAACGUUUUUCCAAUUGUCUACUGUCCAGUUUUGGUGAGCCUGUGCCUACUGCAGCCUCAGUUUCCUGUUCUUAGCUGACAGUAAAGGUAUCCGGAGGGGUCUUCUACUGCUGUAGCCCAUCCGCCUCAAUGUUCGAUGUGUUGUACUUUCAGAAAUGCUUUUCUGCAUAGAACUGUUGUAAUGUGUAGUUAUUUGGGUUACUGUCACCUUCCUGUCAGCUUGCACCACUCUGGCCAUUCUCCUUUGAUCUCUGUCAUUAACAAGCUGUUUUUUCCCAUAGAAUUAUCACUCACUGGAUGUUUUUUUGGUUUUUGGCACCAUUCAGAGUAAAUACUAGAGACUGUUGUGUGUGAAAAUCCCAGAAGAUCAUCAGUUACAGAUAUACUCAAACCAGCCUGUCCAUCAUGCCAUGGUCUAAAUCACUGAGGUCACAUUUUUUUUCUCCAUUCUGAUGGUUGAUGUGAACAUCAAUUGAAACUCCUGACCCAUAUCUGUAUGAUUUUAUGCACUGCACUGCUGCCACACGAUUUGCUAAUUAGAUAAUCAUAUGAAUAAGAUGAUGUAU